GCCGUGAUGACGUCACUGUCACUCGGGCGCGACCAGUGUUUACCUGCCGGUUGAUGCGAUUCGAAGCACCGGCGGGUGGUUGAAGCCAAGCUGCAUGGCAGCCUUUCUGCACAAUUUCACGACGCCUCUGAUGCGUACACAUGAAUUCAUCUGCAUGCAGCAGCGAAGUUCAGAGGAAGAUUCUGGUGUUUGCUACCGAGCAGCCACAGACCACAAUGAAACAAAAGACGCGUAUAAAAGAUGCGAGCGGCGCUCAGCGAAUUGACCUGAAAAAGCGUCGCCAUCGCUCAGCAUUUGCCACUCGUCUCCCGUCUCACGGCACCCUCCUCUCGUCUCCGGUCACUCCGUCCGCCGCCAUGUCGCCGCCGAGCCGCUUGUGUCUUCUGCUCCUGCUGGGUUCCCUGGUGGUAGGCACCAGUCACUCGGACCCGUAUCCAGAACUGAGAAAAAUCCUGGAGGACAUCUCCAAAGAUGUGGAUCUGAAGAGCGUAAACAUCAGCACUCAUCCUCCCUUCAAGAGCGUCAUCAAGAGCAUCAGAGCGUGUCAGAACCGAGAGGAAGUCAAGCUGGCGAAGGCCACGUUGCACGUGUAUACGCGCAUCUCGGAGAGCAUCCUGCACAACGACACCCUGCUGAAGGUAGCGCCCGACCAGGAGCGGCUCAGGCGCAACGUCGGCCAGCUGACAAGCAAAUUGCGCCACCUGAGCGCCACCCUGGCCAGACGCCACUGCCCCAACACCGCAAACGUCCUGCAUCAGCUCACGCAGCUCCAGGUGGAUGACGUGACAUUCCAGAAGAGAGCGCUCUCUCAGUUUCUGGAGGUGUACAACAUGGCAACUGUAAUUGGCUCUCACACUUUGGCCUCACCCACCGAUGCCUCGCCGUGAAUGUAUUUUUCUCCAAAUGAUUCUUCUAAUUUAUUCCUUUAUUUAAUUCCCUCCCUCCCUCCCUCCCUCCUGUACCUUAAUUUAUUCUCUUUAGCGGAAGAAGCAGACCUUUUUGAACCUGUUUUCUCAUCAUCAAUACAUUUGUCGUCUUGAUUGAAAUGACAAUAAUAAAAGCACACGCCCAAAGUUCA